AUGAGUACCAAAACAAUCAUCGUCACCGGAGGGAGCCGAGGCAUAGGGGCGGCAAUCGCGCGAAGCUUUGCAGCAAAAGGAUGGAAUAUUGUCAUACAAGGACGAUCGAAGGAAAAACUUGCUGCUGUCACAAAAGAGUGCAUUGAAGCUGGCGGAAACGCAGUUUCCAUCGAACUCGAUUUGUCCGAAACUGAGCGGGUCCAUGAGAUCGUUGAUCUUGCGAUAAACAAGUUUGGCCGACUCGAUGUCCUUGUCAACAACGCGGGAACAAUGAGACCAGGCGGACUCGAGAGUCAAACCUCCGCCGAUUUCGAUUUCGUCAUGGCUGUAAAUUGCAAGGCGCCAGUUUUUCUGAUGAAGGCUGCAAUCGAGCAUUUGAAAGCUACAAAAGGAAAUGUAGUCAACAUCUCUUCUACCUCCUCUUUUACCCCUUUUCAAGGAAUUCUAUCGUACAACAUGUCGAAAGCAGCACUAGAUCAUUUUACCCGAACGAUGGCUACAAACUUGAUGACUUGCGGUGUGAAAGUCAACUCCAUUAACCCGGCAACAGUGCGAACCGACAUCCACUACUCCAAGGGCUACGACGAUGCAAAAGUACAAGAGUACUACGAUCAUGUGACUGAAAAGCAACCUCUAGGCGGAGUAAUUGAGCCAGAGCAAAUCGCUGAGGCUGUUCUAAUGAUCACCGACGACAAACUCGGAAGUCUUACUGGGCAAACGAUUGUUAUUGACGGUGGCCGCUCGCAGCACCCAGUCUAA